AAUGACAGCAAUGGCGAGCCCACUUGUGUCCGCCCCCUUGUUCCAAGGGGUGGACAAGAAUUCGGCGGGUUACAAGCUGCUUUCGUCAAUGGGUUGGAGGGAAGGCGAAGGUUUGGGCGCCCAAAAGCAAGGAAUCAAAGAGCACGUCAAGGUCAAGAAAAAACAUGACGCUAUGGGCGUCGGCGCGGCCGAAAACGCUCAAACCCUGCGCGAGUGGACGACAGGCAUGGUCAGCUUUGACCGCAUCCUCUCGAAUCUGAAGGAGGUCACAGCCCGCCGUCCAACCAAUCACGAUAAAAGUAGCAGCAGCGGCUCAAGCGAUGAUGAGCCUGCGGAAAAGCCAAAAGCGGAGCAAGGAAGGGCAACUGACAAGAAGAAGGCGAAAGGCGCCAAGCGCAAGCGCGCCUCAUCGUCUUCCGAUUCAGAUGCCGGCAGUAGCAGCUCCUCCGAAUCAGACACGAGCGCCGACGAAGGCGAUGCGAAGACGAAAGGCGGCAAGGCUGCGGCGGCGUCUAUUGGUGCGACUGCUGCGGCCAGCGCUGCAGCCGUGAAGCGCCUCAAGCUUGCCUCCCACGUCGGCCGCUAUUCUAAGCGAGAGCGUGCCAAGUUUGUAAAAAACUAUAGCGCAUCAGAUUUGGAUGCCAUUCUGGGCGGAGCAGCUGCAAAGGCCGCCGCCCAGGGCAAUGGCGACGGAGAGCAAGAGAAUGGCGCCGGCCAACACGGUGGCGCUGUCGGUGUGGCGCUGGCUGAUCCCUCGAUGUUGGGGUUCAUGCCAGUCAUGGCAGAGGUCAGGGCCGUACGUGGCGCCCAGGACACCAGUAGCAGUGACGAUGAGGAGGAGAAUGCGAAGGCCCGGACAGCAUGCGCGGGGCAGCGACGUGUGGUGGUCGAGGGUAACAGCACAAGGCAAGUAUGUGUGCGUCAUGUAGGGGUCUCUGCACCGGGGGUAGCGGCAGGCGAGACUGUCCAGGGGUCGUCCCGGCAGCGCAGGGCGAAGGCGGCCGCUGUGCAGCAAGCGGAAGAGCAAUGGGAGCCUGGAAAGAAGCCCUGGUGGGCUGGAAUGUUUGUGAGAGCAGGUCGCAUGGGCUCCAUUAAACAGGAGCUGCGAGCCGGUCGGGAUGCUAAUGGCAAGGCCAGGAUUAACAUCACCGGCUUCAAGGAACAAGACCAGGAGAAUUUGUACGAACAGGCCCAGCACGGAGCAGCUCAUGGUCGGCAAGGCCUCGGUCGCAGCGAGAUGCCCAAGAAGGUCGCUGGGGCGCGCUGGUGUGGCACGAAAACCAAGCUGGAUGAGGACGAUGAGGACGAGCAGCAAGACGAUGAUGCUGACCGCGAUGGGGACGUUUCAGCCAGUGGCUCCGAGAUGGAGAGCGAGGACGAUGGUCGCAUUGUGGUGGUGCAGUCUAAGAAGGAGCAGGCGGCAGCAGCCGCAGCGGCAGCAACGGCAGUGUCUGUUCCAGAAAAGGAUAUGAAAACAUCCGCCGAAGCAGCAACAGGUGAUCGGGAAUUGCAACGGCAGCAUAUUGGUGCCAGCAGUGCAAUACGUUCGUGUACAGGGAAGGCCGCCAAGGGCCGUGGAAGUCGUUCCGGUCCUUCAGAAGAAGAGGGUGCGGGAAAGGAGGAGCGGCGGGAGGGCAGGCGGAAGCGCGACGUGAAUGGUGAGGGCGGCGACAAGGAAAAGGAGGACAAGGAGAAGAAGAAGCGGAAGAAGGAGAAGAAGGGUGGCGCUGAAUCUCUUGAGGCCCAGGCGGUUGAAGGGGUUGGCGGUCCUGUGGCCGCGGAGGUAGCUAACGGCGGGGUUGUGGCAACAGAAGCUGACAAGGUUAGUGACGGCAGGGGCGUGGCUAAGGCUCCAAAAUGGCGGAAGCUGGUGCGGCAGAUUUUGGCGGAUGCGCCCGAGCGGCGACUGAAGUUGAAGAAGCUCAAAAAGCAACUGGAAGCGGCGCAUGGCCUGAAUGGAAGUGGGAAAAAACGCAGUGCUGGUGGCGAUGUGGAGGAUGCGGUUGGGAUGGCGGCGGUGUUGGAGCAGCUGCGGUGUAGCAAGCAGUUCGUGGUGUGUGAUAAAUUUGUGACUUUGACAAAAUGA